GUAUCCGGACACCGACGCUGCUUAUCCGGACACCGACGCUGCUUAUCCGGACACCGACGCUGCUUAUCCGGACACCGACGCUGCUUAUCCGGACACCGACGCUGCUUAUCCGGACACCGACGCUGCUUAUCCGGACACCGACGCUGCUUAUCCGGA